GGCUGGCUCCAGCAGCUACGGGUAGACUGGCACUUAAAAAGCGGCUGUCACCUCGGCUGUACUCACUACAGUGUCAUCGUGGGAGCGGAGGCACAGAAGCCCGGAGGCUGACCGAAGCGCUCACUCUCCAGUGUUUUUCCAGUCAGCCAUGAUGUCGGUUCAAACUCCGCCCCUAUCCCGCUCUGGCUCCUCCCCUUCCAAUGUGGGAUUGGCCAACCGUGGUGGCCCCUCCUCCGCCCCACCCACCUCCCUCAGCCUUCGCUCCUCGUACAACCAGCUGCUCGGACGAGACAUCAUCAAGGAGUCCGUCAGCAUGGAAACCGGAGGUUCAGCCACCUUGCCAAAGAGCCGCCAGAGGUACGCAAUGACCAGUGUGCGAAGUGCCAUGGGGCUGAGUGACAACCUGGCCCCGUCUUCCAAAAACCAAGCGCCGAGCAGAGGGAGGGGCCUGCCCACCAAGUCCUCCUCCAGCUCUGCGCUCUACUCUUCCUCCUCCUCCUCCCCCUUCAAUACAACAAACCCCAAACUGGCCAAAAAUGGGGCCAACAUGCAGAGACGGGCCGAAAGCCAGCAGCUGGAGCUGAGCAGGGCCAAUACAGAAAGCAAAGGUCACAAUGAUCUCAUCAAUAAUCCAGGCUUAGAUUGGCUGGAAGUUGGGAAAGACAACUCGCAGCUGCCCCCAUUCCGCAGAAGGACCAAGAGCUUCCUGGAGUACCAUGAGAAGGGAUUAGAUCUGGACCUCAGCUGGGGCAACAAGGAGGAGAGGGGAGAGAAGAAGCAGCAGGCCUCUCCAGAGAAGGAGCAGGCCAGCCCUGCCAAGGAGAGGGAGAGCCAGGAGGAAGAGAAACCCAACAACAAGCAGCCCAGCCAGGAGGAGAAGGAGGAGGUGGAGGCUGUGGUGGAAGAAGAAGAAGAGGAUGAUGACCCUACACCGACUCCGAGGCAGCCCCUGUUACCAGUGGUGGUAGAGGCCCCUCUCUCCUCCACCUCCUCCUCAUCCACCAACAGCCCAGAGUGGGUCGCAGACAACCAGAACCACCUCCCGAACCAGCCUGUACUCCACGGCAGAGAGGAGCUCUGUGCCCCAGUUCAAGCUAGUCCACGCAGGCUGGGCAGUCCGGCGAAGCCCCCUCGGAGCUCCCAGCCCAGGGUCAUCAAGGUGGAGCUGCACCCCAACAACGAGAACCAGUUCCUGCAACAGUACCCACCUUCAUCCCCUAAACAGACCAGGGCUGGGGAGAGGAACACCCCUACCAAACACGUGGCACCCCCGGUGCUGCCAGACCCCAACACAGAGACUGGACUCCCUAAGGUGGGCUUGAGGAUGGAUCUGGGUCCUGAUACUCCAUCAGAAGACGAGGACUCCAGCUGGACCACCUUGUCCCAAGAGACGCCCUCUCCUCAGACACCACAGGAGACAGCAGCAGAUGUGUGGGGUGAAGGGGACCUGCCCCCAGGCUGGCGUGAGGUCUCAGACUCAUCAGAGGUCUAUUUCUGGCACGUCCCCACUGGCACCACCCAGUACCACCGACCUGUUGCCGCCGGCAACCAACAUGCGUCUCCCAACAACGGGCCCGACGCCGAGCCUGACCUCCAGCAGGAAGCGCAGAACUCCCUCAGGCCACCCAGCGAGCGGCCCAGCAGCCUGAUAUCUGACAGCUCAGUGGAGCCCGUCCCGUCUCCCUCUGCCUCGUCCCGUUCCUCCUCUUCCACUCCCUCUGACGAUGUCACAUCCUCAGGAAGGGAUGUCAACACCACCACCUGUACAGCCAGUGAGCUGAAAGAUUACCCAGUCUAUCCAGACCCCAGCCUGAAAGCAUUUGAAGGAGCCACACUGCGCUACGCCUCACUCAGACUGAACCCUCCAGCGCAGCUCGAGACAGUGGAUCUAAACAGCACCUGCACAGAUCCAGAGGCCAUGUCGUUCCCAGUGCGCUCUCUGGGCUGGGUGGAGAUGGCGGAGCAGGACCUGUGUGAGGGGCGGAGCAGCGUGGCAGUGCACCACUGCAUCCGACAGCUGUCCUACUGCAGGAGGGACAUACGAGACUCGGCCGGGGUCUGGGGAGAGGGUAAAGGUAUGCUGCUGGUGCUGCAGGACCGCAUGCUGACUCUGGUCGACCCUGACGAUCGCAGCCUGCUCCACUCUCAGCCAAUCAGCAGCAUCCGCGUCUGGGGCGUUGGCCGGGACCACGACAGAGAAAGGGACUUUGCCUAUGUGGCGAGAGACAAAAACACGCGGGUGCUGAAGUGCCACGUGUUCCGAUGUGAUACCCCCGCUGCAGCCAUCGCCACGAGUCUCCACGAAAUCUGCUCCAAGAUUAUGGCUGAAAGGAAAAGUGCCAAGGCUGCAGCUGGCAGCUCCUCCCAGACAGGCUCCGAUGUACCCCUACAAGAGUUUCCCAUGCCAAAGACAGAGCUGGUGCAGAAGUUCCAUGUGCUCUACCUCGGCAUGACUUCUGUGUCUCGCCCCAUAGGUAUGGACAUCAUCAACGGGGCCAUAGACAGCCUCCUGUCCUCCACAGGUAAAGAGGACUGGACUCCUGUCAUCCUGAGUGUUGCUGACGCCACCGUCGCCGUCAUCAAGGAGAAGGAGGAGGAAGAGGAGGUGUUGGUGGAGUGUCGCGUGCGUUUCUUGUCCUUCAUGGGCGUGGGGCGGGACGUGCACACGUUUGCCUUCAUAAUGGACUCUGGGAACCAGCACUUCCAGUGUCAUGUCUUCUGGUGUGAGCCCAACGCAGGCAGCGUGUCCGAGGCUGUGCAGGCAGCGUGUGUGCUGCGGUAUCAGAAGUGUCUGGUGGCUCGCCCCCCCUCCCAGCGCGCCGGCUCCUCCUCCUCACCAUCCUCCGACUCGGUGACGCGCCGAGUGACCACCAGUGUGAAGCGCGGCGUCCAGUCUCUCAUAGACACUCUGAAACCCAAGAAACAGUCGUCGGAACUGCCCCAGCAAUGACCGUCACCACUGACCACACCGCCCCCAGCCGACGCCUGGACGCCACUCACACUAUCGCCACGACAACACCUAAUCAAUACCAGCCAUGGUAACCAACGAUGUACAUAUAUGUUAGCGAACACCACCGCAGACAAAAGGAAGGAGGGCAUUCCUCAAGUAUGCCUGAUGAUGAAUAUAUAUAUAAAAAAAGCAAACUUAUCUGUUUCGAGAGGAGGAAUGGGGAAGCUGCAGUGUGGGAAGAUGCUGUCAGCUGGUGUCACUGGUUGAACUUUGACCUUCGAGCGCUGCUGUGCCCAAGUGGAACCUGCCUGCUGGCUUUAUUGGCCCUCAUGUGGAGUUUUAAUAGGAUGGGCUGUAUGGAUUAUCUGAUCAGGUACGCCUUGCAAACAGGAUACAGGAUGAAACCGAAGAAAAAUGAUCAAAUGUCUACUUCAAAUGUCUACUGUAUGGAACCCCUCAACGGCUUCCUCAAAUCUUGUUUUUUUUUUUUCAUGAUAUGUCCCUCUUGUUAAACCUUCAGCGGCACAAUAAGAGCUUCUGGACUGUACCCAUGGCAAACUACGGUAGCCUUCCAGGACCAGACCGACAGGCGUCUAAGGAGUCUGUACUGCUGAUGUGUUAAGAAAACAGUUUUGUGGGAAAAAAAAAAAGCCACCAAAGCAAGGCGGAGAAGACUACUGACCAGUCAACAGCCUCCAGCUGCUCACCAAAUGUACCAGUAAUCCCUCCGAUGUUUGACAAACAUCACAUGGACAAAAACUAAUAUCUCCUUUGAGGAGGAGUGAUCUGAUUGUAAUAAUGAAGUGUAUGUAAAUGAUUGUAUGUAAUGAGAGAGGAGUUCGGGCAGACACCUGGCGGAUAUGAGGGAGAGAUGAGCCUUUGGUUUCGGUAAAAGGGACAGAUGUGGGUAUUGGUCUUGCAUGUUAUCUUGAUGGGAUAUGUAUUAUCUUGAGUUAAUAAGGGUCUGGGUUAGACGAGUGUGGGUGGACGAACACACAAGAAUAGAUGCUCUCAGCACAAUUCAGCUCCACUUGACCAUUACUACAUUUACACAGGCACAAACAUCGGACAAGUCAAAGUAAAAGGUUAGCCCUUACCCCUGUCACUAACUACGAUUUAGGAAUGUGAGUCAGUACUAUUUUGAAUUCUUCAGUGAAUGAUUGACAGAUCUCUCAAUAGGAGGACUAACAACUUCAAUGUGUUUUGAAGCGUCAAGAUUGUACUAUUUGAAAACACUAAAGUAAUUUGAGAUUUAGUAGCUCAAGAAUGUUAAAACUUAAUUUCCAACUUGAAGACAAAUUCCUCAGGAAUCCUCAUGUGUAUAAACCUAAAAUUUCUAUGGUAAAAAAAAAAAAAA